CCCAGGAAAAAGAGUUUCAUUGUUGUUGCGGAACCAGAAACAAGGCGUCUCUCUGGCUCUCCGUACCCCGAAGUGACAGUCCUUGGCCACUUACAAAAUCACUCUCCCAUUCUCUCACUCUCGCUUCACAAUCCCCAAAACCCUAGAAACCCACCUCUGUCGCUCACACAGACUUCCGGGAACCCUAAUUUUUUUUCAUUGCUCCUUACGGCGUUACAUCCUUAAUAUUUAUACUAUUUAUUUGAAUUCUGGUGUUGCGGCUUUCUUAAAAAGAUGGACAUCGAGCAAAAGCAAGCGGAGUUAAUCGACCUCUUUGUGAAGAAAGCAUCGGCUAACAAGGGCUCCGCUCUCGCGCCUGUGAUUGUGGAAGCCACCUCGCACCCUUCCCUCUUCGCCUUCUCGGAGAUUCUCGCCGUGCCUACAGUUUCCGAGCUUGAAGGAACUGAAAAUUCUGUAUUACUAGAUGUGCUGCGUUUGUUUGCACAUGGCACAUGGAGUGAUUACAAGAAUAAUAUUAACUGUCUUCCACCAUUAGUUCCUGAUCAAGUUCUCAAGAUGAAGCAACUUACUGUGCUAACACUGGCAGAAACAAACAAGGUACUGCCUUAUGAUCAACUAAUGCAGGAGCUUGAUGUUAGAAAUGUGCGUGAACUUGAAGAUUUUCUUAUCAAUGAGUGCAUGUAUGCGGGGGUGGUUAGAGGAAAGCUGGAUCAGUUUCGAAGGUGCUUUGAGGUCCAAUUUGCUGCUGGGAGGGAUUUGAGGCCUGGACAACUUGGAAAUAUGAUAGAAACACUAUCGAAUUGGUUGACUACAUCUGAUAAUCUACUUGUCUCAAUUAAAGAGAAGAUAAAAUGGGCUGAUAAUAUGAGUGAGUUAGACAAGAAGCACCGGAAGGAUGUAGAGGACAAGGUGGAAGAUGUGAAGAAGUCCCUUGCCAUCAAGAAGUUACAAACUGUAAGCAGGCCGACAUGGACUUCCGAGGGCAUGAAGAGAUCUUCUCAGAAUCUGGUGGGGUGAUGGACUAUGAGGAAGACCGGAGCCGACCUAAGAGGAGGCGACAUCCAUUUUCGUAAAAAAUAGAGCAAUGGAACUCAUUGGAUUGGAGUUAGACGUGCGGCCAGAUUUUUGUUCGGGGCAUUCCAACACAGAUUUAUGCUUUUUUUAGGAAUGAUGAUGGUAGAACCGUAGAAUAUUGAAAUUGCCAUUGCCACAUCCGGAGUAAUAUUUGGGAAGUGUUUUUUUUUUUUUUUUCGUCUUGAACAAGUGUUAUUCCACUUUUGAGUUGGUGAGAACAGAACCAGAUACCAGAUUUGGUGGUGCGGCUGAAGUUUUAAUUGUUUGAUACUUGAAUCAUUAUUUUGCAACAAAAUUUGGUUAUGAUAUAUUAUACUACAUCCUGCAUCAAAUGACCUUGUGGUUGAA